GGUUCAUCCAUCUCCAGACCGUCUGUGUUGGACAUCAGGAUGCGCUCGUAUCCGGCGGUGACAGGUGAAUCUUCGGCCGUUCGUGCCACGCAUGCACCGCCGGAGCGCACCGCCCUCCUGCCGCCGGGAGGAGCAGAGCAGAGGAGGAGAGGAGAGGAGAGGAGCAGACUGGGAGCGCAGCGGCAGGAGCCUCAACACACAACGGGAUGCGGUUCGCGAUCUCUGCUGCUUGAAUUCUAAUUUCGUGUAACCUAAAUCCGCAAAGUUUCCCUUCCGCGAGAGAGCGAGAAACCCCCGGCAGAGGACCGCUUCGGAAAAUUUCGUGGCGGCGUCCCUCGGUUUCGUUCCUCCCGACUGAACCGAACCGCUCCGCAGCCGAGGUUGAUGACAGUCUAACCGGGAGACGGGAGGACGAACAAGACAUCUGCAGAUGUGUGUGCAGCCGAUGCGCAGCGCAGCGCAGACGGUGAAGUUGUUUUCCUGGAAAGGUACUGGCGCCCUUGCUGUUGCUUAGCAACAAAGUGAGCCCAUGAGAGUUGACGUCUUGGAAGAUUCUGACCGCCUGUCCGGAAACGGCGCUCUUCGGAUGUUCUGGGGAAGUUUGAGCGUCAGUCAGAACUGUAUGGUUUGUCAUGAAGCGUCUUGCCGAUCCCUGGAGAGAGCUCCGGUGUGAAUAGAAAUGAACUUCAAAAAGGCCUGGAAGACCCCUGCCAAUUUGAUGUGUGAACGCACCCAGCGAUAAUGGCCCAGAGGACACACAGUGGACGCAAGUGUACAGCAGAAGCAGACGUGUUCAUGUGUCCCGUCCAUGCCACCCGACGCAGUCUCUCGUACAAACGCAUCUGAACUUCUCAAGAUCCCAUCGGCAGUGUGAGAAUGAGACUGGUGUGGAAAUCCCUGGACAAGAUGAGGUGUCUGAGGAAACGCUCCACCAUUCCCUUCCUCGGCUUCCUCAUCACCUUCCUCCUCUUCUUGAACCUCUACAUCGAGGAUGGCUACGUGCUGGAAGGAGAUAAGAGGCAGCUCAGGGAAGCGUCGGUCCAUCCUCCCAGCUCGGAGCGAUACGCUCACACCUUCAGAGACCUCAGUAACUUCUCUGGAACCAUUAAUGUCACAUACCGCUAUCUCGCCGGAACGCCUCUGAACCGCAAGAAGUUCCUGACCAUUGGAUUGUCAUCGGUCAAGAGGAAAAGGGGAAACUACCUUCUGGAGACGAUCAAAUCCAUCUUUGACCAGUCCAGCUAUGAGGAGCUGAAAGAGAUUGUGGUUGUGGUCCAUCUGGCGGACUUUGACCUGGUCUGGUGUGAGAACGUGGUGCAGGAAAUCACCAGGAAGUUCGCUCACCACAUCAUAGCCGGCCGCCUCCUGGUCAUCCAGGCCCCAGAGGAGUUCUACCCUUCUCUGGAUGGCUUGAAGAGGAACUACAACGACCCGGAGGACAGAGUCCGUUUCCGCUCCAAGCAGAACGUCGACUACGCUUUCCUCCUGAACUUCUGCACGAACCUGUCGCACUUCUACAUGAUGCUGGAGGACGACGUGCGCUGCUCCCGAAACUUCCUGACGGCGCUGAAGAAGGUGAUAACCUCCAGAGAAGGCUCCUACUGGGUGAUGAUGGAGUUCUCCAAGCUGGGCUACAUCGGGAAGCUGUACCACUCCAGAGACCUGCCCCGCCUGGCUCACUUCCUCCUCAUGUUCUACCAGGAAAUGCCUUGCGACUGGCUGCUUAUCCACUUCCGGGGCCUGCUGGCUCAAAAGGACGUGAUCCGCUUCAAGCCCUCGCUGUUCCAGCACAUGGGCUACUACUCGUCCUACAAAGGCGUGGAGAACAAACUGAAGGACGACGACUUUGAGGAGGACUCCAUAGACAUCCCAGACAACCCCCCGGCCGGCAUUUACACCAACAUUAACGUCUUUGAGAACUACGAUGCUACCAAGGCGUACAGCACGGUGGACGAGUACUUUUGGGGGAAACCUCCCUCCACCGGAGAUUUCUUCGUCAUAGUCUUUAACAAAUCAACCAAAAUUAGCAAAAUUAGGAUUGCUACCGGGUCUGACGAACGACAAAGUGACUUCCUUCACCACGGAGCGCUGGAAGUAGGAGAGAAGUUGGUCGGGACUAAAAAAGGAAAGCAGUGCUCCUCUUACAUCACAUUAGGAGAGUUCAAAAACGGAAACAUCGAGGUUCAAGACGUGGACCACAAGAUUUCGUUUGACGUUGAGUGCGUUCGCAUUGUGGUGACAGCCAGCCAAAAAGAAUGGCUCAUUAUCAGAAGUAUCAGUUUAUGGACUACACAACCACCCAGCCAAUGAGAACUACACACAACCUCUCUUAGUAACCCAUACAGGCUGUUUUAAUUAUUAUUAUGUUUUCUAGGUUUAAUUUAUUCAUUUUGUAUGUAUUUAUUGAUUCUUCCUGCCAAAUGAGUCUGUGUUUUUAUACUGAAACGUUGUAACCUUAGUGGACCAUUUUCAGUCAUCCUCAAGGAUUUCUGAUCUAACCUCAAUGUAUUGAAUAAUCAUAGCUUAUUCUUCAUAUGGUAGUAUUUGUAUAACAACCAUACUUUACCAAAACCUGAUUACAGGAAAGAGAUGUAGCGUAAAAGUGAGUAAUCUGGGGUUUUGUUGAGUCUUUUCUUUGUUGUACCAACGCUUCUUGACAAUAACUUUUAUUGUCAAGCCAGACUUUGGAAAGUCUGACUAUUUCCUCUUUAAUGGAAAGAUUGAGGAUGAGCACAGAAAACAUUUGUGAGACUCUCCGAGGUGGUGUGGCAGUAUCUCCGUCAUAGGAAAUACAGUCUGGCCAUCAUUUGAGCUGGACGACGAUCAAAAUGAGGUUUUGACACAAAUUGGCAAUUUCAUAUCUGAACAGUUUGAGAUCAAAGCCUUUCCUCCAACAUGGCCGUGUUCGCCCUUACACAGCGGGGCUCGACCCAACUUCAUUGAACUCUAGUGGGAAUCAGAUUUUGGUAUGCUGUUUGUGAGACCAUCACAAGCUGGUUGACUGACUUAUGACAAAUACUGGUGUGUAAAUGGGAUGGCACAACACAGUGUGAUAAGGCUGGUGAGGAUCAUGAAGAGAAGGUGUGGUGGUGUACAGUUCACCCAUCCACUGCAGAGGCACCUGAUGGUUAAAUGAAUACACUCUUAUUUAAUUAACAGUAUGUCUUGUUUUUUAAACUUCAAUCAUCCAUCUCAAUAAAUGUCACCAAAAUAAAUCUCAAUACCAGAAUCGGUUGUUUAUGACAAGUAUUAGGGCCAUACAAAGAAAACAUUUUUUAAAAAUUUAAUUACGACAAUAGUCUUAUUACGAGAAUAAACUCAUACGAGAAUAAAAUCAUACUACAGGAAUAAAGUCUACAUAAAAUAAUAAUGUCAAUAUGAGAAUAAAAUCAUAUAUUUUGACAAGUCAGAACAUUAUGAGAUUAGAGUUGUAAUAUGAUUUUUUUCUUGUAAUACUAUAACUAUAUUUUCAGAAUUUUAUAACUUCAUGCUUGUGAGUUUAUUCUUGUAAUGUUAUGACUUUAUUGAAUAUUAUCAUUCUAAUCUCACAAUGUUAUGACUUUAUUCUUGUGAUUUAAUUUUUUCUUAUUUUCUCAGCCUGACCCUCCGUCGUAGUUGUCUGGCAUUGAUAGAAAUUAUUUUCUCUGAUGCAACCCACACACUCCUCCCUACUGCUUAACACACAAAUGUACUUUCCUUACAUUUAAAGAGACUUUUUAAAUGAUUUAUUACCAAAAUACAUUGUUACAAUAAAGAAAUGAUCAUCUAAACAAAAUUUUUAUUACUUUUUGAAUUCAUUUUCCAAUACUCUGGCUACAAUUAUAACCCACUACCUGUGAAGAUCCAAUGGAAAUAAAAACCAGUAAUAACCACAGAGGAAUGGGGCAAGUGGCAAAAGGAACAACCUUUUAUUAUGGCACGUGAAUGCAUCAAUGUUAGAAAAAUUGUGGAUUUUAUUCUUAAAUUUAAAAAAGUCCUGCACAACAUCUCAAGCUAAUGUUGGUAAAAAAUCCAUAAACAUAACAUGCGUCUAGACUACAGAACGAAGUACAACAAAGUUGUCUUUGUUCUCAUUGUUCUUUCUUCAGAUUGGGUCAAAAUAUUGAGAAAGUAAAACUAAUCUGAUAAUCUGAGUGAACCAACAAGAGUAGAGUCAGAUGGAAGUUUUCUUUUGCUUUGUGGCUGAAGAACAAUAUCUGGUCGAAAAUGGAAGCGGAGAUGGUCUAGAGGUUGGCAAGAAAAAAAAAACAUGAACAAGUUCAUUUGAACCACUGGUGCAACUGAUUUGAAAUAUUUCAAUGUGACACAACUUGCUGACUGCAGUCGAGUCCAGUCUGUGGGAGAGGCUGCCAUGGUAAGAAUGUGGCUUGUGCGUUAACGUAAGGUGUCUAAACUUUCUAAUACGCAACAUUAGAAAGUUGCAGCAAUUGUUCUGUGUUGGUGUUGGUAAUGAAGGUGUGUGUCGUGUGUGUUGGGUGGAGGGAGUUUUUUUUUUUUCUGUGAAUUUGAACUAAGGAAUUCUGACUUCUCGGUUUAAAUGCUAAGCUAACUGCCGCUAGCAAGUCAUUAGCAGCGUUUCCAUUACAAAUGUGCACAAAACUUUGUCUAUAUUCCGCUCAUGUGGAAAAAACAAAAUUUUGCAAUUGCUCCAUUUCUAUUAAACAGGAAACACAAAAUCACUCAUGAAUAAGUUUGUUUACUCAAUAAGUCAUUACAAAACGUACCACACCUUCAUCCUCGACUACUUCUUGUCGUCUUCUUCUUUGUGGUUUACGCCAACAUCUAAUUGCUGAUUUAUGUGAAUUGUCUGAAGCAAAAAGUGCUUCUAUUGCAGUUUUGCCAAAUAAACCAAUUUGGAUACGGCUGAUACCUUCUUGGAUUCCUCUUUGUAGUGCAGAAAAUUUUCAUCCAAAAAGUUUUAUUCAAAAUGAGCAUGUUCCCUUUAAGUACAUUUAUAUUCUAAAUGUCAAAUUGUGCAGUUAUAUGGUCAAUAGAAAUGCAGCUGUUGUUGUAGAGCAAGACAAUAAGGGAAAAGACUUACAGAUGACUACUGCAACUCCAAGCGCCUACAGAAAAUAUAUAUGUAAAAUUUGUUAGUCUCCUCGUCGUCAUUGAAAACUCCCAGUUGGUUUUUUAACACAAAGUACUAGAAGUAGAAAUUGUAUUGGUGUGGAAUUAUCCAGGGGAUUUGUUGGCAUUAAAAAAACGCUCAGAUUUUCACCUCUCUCUAAAUCUUUAAAGCACCAAAGUAAAAUGCCAAGAAGUCAUUUUUAUUGGUGCAUUGUUUUUUUGUACUCUAAAGGAUCUUCUUUAGGGUUCAAAACAACAUUAACUAAUAAGUUCUUUAAUAUAUGAUUGUGUGUAAAUCUGGCCAAGCACAUAUCUUUUCUGUGUAAGCUAAUAUACUUUUAAUCUUACUACAUUAAAUCUACCGGGUUCAUAUUUCCCAGUCUUGUUGAAAAAAAUAUGAAUUUUCCUGAUGGGUCUUCAGAUUCAGAAAUGUGUAUGUGAGUUGGUUAUAGUGAAACAUAGUGCAAAAGAAAAUAGAGCUACAUCAUGUUAUAUAAUAAAAACAUUUCCUAUUGAGCCGAUGACCCGUUUGAACUAACAGGUUGUGUUGUCACACAGACAUUUGCAGCUGUACCUGGACCCUACUGGGUUGAUUAAGACAAAAUUUGCC